AUGACAUCAGGAAAAACGAUUUUAACGAAAGAAUAUUUAAAAUCUCAUGUUAGUGAGUUCGUUGAAAUUGAAAAAGAAGGCGGAAUUAAGUUCGAUCCACUGGGUUUCAUUUUCGACUUAGAGAAUGCGGGUGUUAGUUUCGCUGAAUGGACAACGAUACAGAGUGAAAUAAAUGCAAUAUGGACGUUUUUGGGGUCAAAAGCGGGAAUGGGUGAGCUUGUAAAUGCUGCAAGAACAUUAGGUGAAACGGGAAAUUUUGUAGAUGGUUUUAAAAGACUUGUUUCAAAUGUUUUAACAAACACAAAGAAAUUAUUUAGAUAUACCAUACAUAACGGCCAGAUUUUCGAACAGGUAGCAACAAACCCUCCGGUUAUGGCUGCGUUGAUGAUGGUUAGAGACAUAAAGCCGCGUAGCGGCGAGGGCGAAGCCCAUGAAGAAGAGGAGAAACCAGAGGAUACGGGUCAGGUUAUUCGAGACAUUAAAAACGUGUAUCCUGAAGUUAUUGAUUUAUUUAGAGGUGUUAAUGAUUCGAUUUCAAAUCAUUCUAUAACCCUUGAUGAAGAGAAUAAAUUAACAGAUUAUAUAUUCGUCAUUAUUGCAGAACUAAUGAAGAGAAUAAAUGAAAAAGGUAUAGCUGAUAUCAUUAAUGUAAGUGAUGUAAUGAUGAAAAGAAAUUUUGACUCAUUAUUUACAGAACCGAAAACAGAAUAUUGUCUUUAUGACGUAAUUACUGAAUUAAUGAAAAAGAUUAAUGAUAAUAAGAGUUCUGGCGGAAGAGUUGAAUUAGAGGUGAAUGAUGUUAAUGAGAAAUUAGAUAAUAAAGCAGAUAAAAACCAUGUUCAUUAUAUAAGUUCAGAUGAACAGAUUAUAACGGAUUAUCAUGGAUAUUUAACACAGGAUGAAGAAGUGAAGACGGAAGAUGUUAAUGAAAGAAGAUAUAAAUUCAUUCGUGCUAAAGGUUAUGACAUACGCUGUACUGUACAGUAUGACACAGGUAAAGCACCAGAAGCAUUUGGUUAUAACAAUGAAAUUUAUGCUUCAUACUUCUUUGUUAACGGUGUAUUAGUUGAACCAAGAUUUACAUUGAGAAUAAGUAGAAAAAUAACCGUUGAAGAUGCUAUUAAAAGUAAAGCUGACAAAGAUGAACUUGACGCAACGAACAAAGUUUUGAAAUCUCAUAAACACAAUAUCUCCGAUAUAAAUGAACUUCAAGCUACAUUAAAUAGUAAAGCUGACAAGAACCAUACACAUGAAUCCUUCACUACUGUUAGAGCAGACGACAUAAUAUUGAACUAUACCCUUGGUUCAAGUGCACCUUUAGAGAAUCCAAGUACAAGCGUAAAAAAUACACU